AUGUAUAUUCUUCCUUGGCUAGUAUCUUUGGUGGCAGUAACAACUGCUGCCCCAUCAAACAUCUUUGAUGAUGCCUAUGACUUCUCAGAAGAACUCUCAGAGUACUUCACGAAAGUGAGCGAGGAUAUCAAAUCGACAAAGAGCAGAUCGCCAGACUCCUUCAGUUCAUGCGAUACAUCCAAGAUCUCGCUCCCAUCAUAUGCAUCCGGCCUCACUGCCCCAGAUGGCCUGACUGCUACAUAUGUUGCUCUAGGAAGAGGCACCCAGAACUAUACCUGUGCCGAUUCCACCUCAAACACCGUCCCGACAGCCAUCGGCGCGGUCGCAAGCCUCUUCGACGCUACCUGCAUCGCCGCCAAUUGGCCCAGUAUGCUCGCAAUGAUGCCAAACGUAGCAUACAAGAUCGCGCUCCCAACGAACACCAAUGCGAAAUUCCCACUCGCCAACCUUGAACUACUAGGCCACCACUUCUUCUACGACGCUACCACCCCGGAAUUCAACCUUGAUACCACCACAAGCAAGCAACAUGGUAUCCUCAUGACUACAAAGGAAGGAUCGAUCAAUGCACCAUCCAGUGCGACCCAGGGACAAUACGGUGCUGUUACUUGGCUCUACCUUACUACUAAGACCGGUACUGUCGGCGACUACAAGGCCGUUUAUCGUGUCGAUACUGCUUCUGGUGCUGCCCCAGCUACCUGCAAGGGUAUGUCCUCGGCAUUUGAGAUUCAAUAUUCAGCUGUCUAUUACUUCUACAGCUAG